AGUCUUCUUAAUAUCUGUCUUCAGUACUAAAAUGGGAUAAUCUGAAGAAGCCGUUUACUCAAGUAUCAUCCCAUGUGCCAAAUGGAUCAUGUAUUUUAGAAUGUUCUCUUGAUUACAGCACUGACACAUUUUCUUAUGUGUUCUAUAAAAUAAGCUACUGGAUGUAUCACUCUCAGGUGGAUUACAAUUAAGAAGAUUUCUCAAAUAAAUUAAACAAGGAUUUCUUUUCUGAGACGACAACAUGAAGGAAUAUGUGCUUUUCUACUUCCUGGCUCUGUGCUCUGCUAAACCAUUUGUAUUACCUCCAAAGUAUAUGGCUCUCAGUGACCUCAUGCUGAAAGAUAUGGAAGAUGAUGACGAUGAAGAUGAUGAUAACAACAACUCACUAUUCCCAUUUGAAAGGGAAGUUCCUCUUCGACCUACUCCACCACCGUUUGAUAUGUUUCCAACUUGCCCGUUCGGAUGCCAGUGUUACCUAAGAGUGGUUCAGUGUUCCGACCUUGGUCUGUCUUCCAUACCAAAUAAAAUCCCUCCUGACACCCGUCUAUUAGAUCUACAGAAUAACAAAAUAAAAGAAAUUAAGGAAAAGGAUCUACAAGGCCUCACAUCUCUUUAUGCAUUGUUUCUAAACAACAAUAAGCUGUACAAAGUCCAUCCUAAAGCCUUCCAGUCUACAAAGAAAUUACGAAGGUUGUACUUUUCACAUAACCAGCUCACAGAGAUCCCAGCCAAUCUCCCCAAGUCCUUAGCAGAACUAAGAAUUCAUGACAACAAAGUAAAGAAAGUACAAAAGGAUGCUUUUAAAGGCAUGCGCGACUUACAUGUUUUAGAAAUGAGUGCAAAUCCCCUUGAAAAUGAAGGCAUUGAACCUGGAGCAUUUGAGGGGUUGACCGUGUUCCACGUAAGGAUUGCAGAGGCCAAACUUACCUCUAUCCCUAAAGGUUUACCUUCUUCUAUUUAUGAGCUGCAUCUAGAUCACAACAAAAUUUCAGCUGUAGAACUCGAGGACUUUAUACGCUACAAAGAUCUUCAGAGACUUGGUUUAGGACAUAACAAAAUAAAGGAAGUUGAAAAUGGAACUCUUUCUAACAUCCCAAACAUAAGAGAAAUUCAUUUAGAGAACAAUAAGUUGAAGAGAGUCCCAGCUGGUAUUCCUGACUUAAAAUACCUACAGGUUCUAUUUCUUCAUUCAAAUAAUAUUGCGAAAGUAGACGUGAAUGAUUUCUGCCCUUCUGCAACCAAAUUAAAGAAGUCUCUCUACAGUGGUAUCAGCCUAUUUGGAAACCCAGUAAAAUACUGGGAAGUUCAACCAGCGACAUUUCGAUGCACACUCGGCAGAAACAGUGUGCACCUUGGUAACUUUCGGAAGUAGAAAUACGAAAUGAAUGUGCAGCAAUAUCGACCAAUUUAUUCUUGACUUAUUUCACUCAAUAGGUGGGAAAGGACUCUGUUGGAUCUUUGCAUUAUAAAUAUUAAGCUUAAUGAAGAGACAUUAUAGUGAGGCAAGAUGUUUACAAACAUUUUUGCAUGAUGCCCUUUUUUAACGUACUUUGUGAAUACUUGAAUCUUGGUUUGUAGAAAGCACGUCACUCUCUCAUAGCUGCAUUGCUAAAUAUUUCUUUUUUAUAGAUCACAGCCAAUAUUUUUAUUGGCCAUCUUGUGGCAGAUUAACUGUCUGCUUUUUAACAAUUGGUGCUAAAAAAAGAAAAAAUAACUCUUUAUCCUAAGGUAUAGCUUGUUCACAUUUUUUGUUUUAGUAGUAAACAUAUUUUAUAUAGUAAAUGGCUAAUUAAUUCAGCAUAAUGUGUGAAUAGAUAACGCCAUAAUAGCAAUCUGUACAACUGGACUUCUUAACAAAACUGUUGCAAGUUUAUAUUAAAGGGAUAUGGAAGACACCAAUAAAGUUUAAUUCAGGGGUCAACCAAUCUGCAGGCUCCUGGGUUUGUCGAGCCCUGGUUUAAUGUAUCACUUCCAGUCCAGUUUUAUAUAUAUUUUUUAAUAAGCCAUCAUUUUCUGCAAUCUGUAUGAGUAUGUCCCCCUCCCUUAAUAACAUUUGAGUUAUUAUAUCCCAUGGGAGCCUUGUCUUGCCUUCUUGUUGCCAUAAAGGAGAGAUUCCCCUGUGGCAUUUUUAGAUGAAGGAACAUCACUGAUAGCAAGACUUUAUUCACAUCCUCACAACGUUGCAAUGCUGCAAAACCAUAAAACAGCAUGUCAGGACUCCCACCCCAUUCUCAAGCUAGUCGACUAUCCUUAUAACAUUCUGCAGAUAGGAGUAUGCUAACUGAAAACUUCACUAGAAUAGCUUGUGUGAAGUAGAAUAUAUUCUGAUGUGGGGACAAGAUAGAAGCCUAACAAAAAGAGAGAAAUGCAUUUUAACUAUUUACUGUACAAAUAUGGCAAACUACAUUUUUUUUAAAUAAAAGGUCAGUAGCUGUUAUAGACAGGACAGGUUAUGCUUCAUUAAACUUUAUCUAUCAAUGCUAUGCCCCUCUAGAACUUCAAUAUAAAUUACAUCAUACUUAUACAUCUUUAAAAAUGUAGUUGCUGAAAUUUUAUAAGUAUCUAAAAACAGAAAGAGUCUAUUUAAAGAUAUUACCAUCUGUAUAUUUACAUUGAAAAACAGGACUCUACUUUGGUGUAAUUUAGUGGGUGAGGAAAGAUUUAAAAAAAAAAAAAAGAAACUAAAAGUCCUUUCUUAUAAAUAGUAGUAUUAUUUUUAUUAUUUUUGCUGAAAAAGAAGUGAAAUGUGUACUUUUGUACAGUACAAAAGUGCAUCUGCGUAUAAAAGAUGUCAUGCUUCAAUCCUAUUAAGAGCUGAAAAAAUUAAAUAUUGCAAGUCAAAAAAUAGCACAAAGUAGAUACCGGUCAGCAGAAUAAAAAAAAGUUACUAGUUAUAUUUUUUAAUGAGCAGCAUAAGUAUAUGUGUGUCUGUUUCUGUUUUGUAUCUAUUCACGCACUUUUGUAAGUUUUAUUUGGUUCUAUUUGAAAUCAUAUCACCAAAACGGUAAACAAGCUUGAAUUAGCAAAAAAAACAACUGUAGUGAAAUACUAUUUAAACUAUAAUGUAUUACCUUUUAAGUGGAAAAAGAAAAUGCUACAAAUGUCUGAACGUUUGCUAUAGAAAAUGACAAAGGGCCCGGGAGGGAAGCAAUUAAAUAAUCAUAUCUCUGCUCUUUAACGCCUUCAUACAUGCUGUAUUGUUAAAACAAUAAUCUUGUUACUGUAUAUUUGUUUUCAUACUAAUAUUAAAUUAAAUGGUACUGAUAUGCUGUCUUUUUAAUAAUAAAGUUAUUUUUAAAACGAUA